AUGAUUCGUCGGUGUAUAUUGUUGGCUGUGCUCGGCUGUGCCUUCGCCGCACCGCAGUACCAGAUUCAGGAGCAACAGGAAGAAGGCAUCCCACCUCAUCUGCUGAGACAGUACAUCGGCGCCCAGGGCCAGGCACAAGCGCAGCACAUACCACGACCGGCGCCACAGCCAGCACCAGCUAGACUGCCCUACAACGUCCAGGGGGAGGAGCAAUACCAAAGACAGCAGUACCAGCAGCCGCAACAGCAGUACCAGCAACCCCAACAGCCGCAGUACCGGCAACCGCAGGAGCAGAGGGAACCGGAAGACUAUGACCCCAGCCCAUCCUAUCAAUUCGGUUUCGACGUCAACGACGACCAAUACACCAAUUACCAGAACCGCAAGGAGCAGAGAGAAGGGAAUGUGAUUAAGGGCUCCUACUCCGUCGUCGACAGCGACGGCUUCAUCAGAACUGUCACGUAUACCGCUGACCCGAAAGAGGGAUUCAAGGCUGAGGUGUCGAGACAGCCAACAGACAUCGUGGUGAAGGUCCCCACACCGAAACCACAGCUGCAGCAGCCAGCCCAGCAGCAGAUUCCUCAACAGCAGUACAGACCGCAACCGCAACCACAGCAAUACAGACCGCAACCUCAACCGCAACCGCAACAACCGCAGCAACAGCAGUACUACCGCUACGAAUAG